GUCCGGCGCGGCCCCGCCCCCUCGUCCGGGCCGGGCCGGGCCGGGCCGCGGGGCCAUCCAUAAAGCGGCGGGGCCCGCUCCACUGCCGGCCCCGCUCCGCUCCCGGUACCGGCUCCGCCCCGCCAUGGCCGUGGCCCACCGCAGGCUGUCCGUGGGGCUGGGGCUGGCCGGGCUGGCCUGCGCUCUCCUGGGGGGCUGCCUGCUGCUCCUGGGGCCGCUCAUCGUCCGGCAGCAGGUCAUCAAGAACGUCAGGAUCGACCCCAGCAGCAUCUCCUUCCAGAUGUGGAAAGACAUCCCUGUCCCUUUCUACUUGUCAGUGCAUUUCUUCGAGGUGCUGAACCCCAAGCAGGUCCUGCGGGGAGAGAAGCCAGUGCUGAGCCAGCGUGGGCCCUACGUGUACAGGGAGUACAGGGUUAAAACAAAUAUCACAUUCCACGACAACGACACUGUUUCCUACCUGGAGUACCGACAGCUUUUCUUCCAGCCACACCUGUCCAAUGGCACGGAGGACGAGUACAUUGUGGUGCCAAACAUCAUGCUGAUGGGAGCAGCUGUGAUGGUGGAAAAACUGCCAGACCUGUGGAAGCUUUUGCUGAGUGGAGCCCUGGCUGGCCUGAAGCAGGAGGCGUUCAUGAACCGCACCGUGGGCGAGAUCAUGUGGGGCUACGAAGACCCCCUGAUAGAUGCAAUAAAUGCAAUUGUUCCUGGCCUGCUCCCUUUCAAGGGGAAGUUUGGAUUAUUCAUGGAUUUCAACAACUCCAACUCGGGGCUGUUCACAGUCAACACAGGCAUGAACAACAUCAGCCAGGUUCACAUGGUGGAUUCAUGGAAUGGGCUCAAGAAGGUGGAUUACUGGAGGAGCAGCCAGUGCAACAUGAUCAACGGGACAGCAGGGGAGAUGUGGCCACCCUUCAUGUCCCCAACCUCCCUGCAGUUCUACAGCCCUGAUGCCUGCAGGUCCAUGACGCUGGUGUACGAGGAGUCGGGGCAGUUCCAGGGUGUGCCCACCUUUCGCUUCGUGGCACCCAAAACCCUCUUUGCCAACGGCACAGACUACCCACCCAACGAGGGCUUCUGCCCCUGCAUGCAGUCUGGCAUCCAGAACGUCAGCACCUGCAGGCUCAAUGCGCCGAUGUUCAUUUCCCACCCUCACUUCUACAACGCCGACCCGUCCCUGGUGGAUGCAGUGGAAGGCCUGCACCCCAGCAAGGAGCAGCACGGGCUUUUCCUGGAUGUGCACCCUAUGACAGGCAUCCCCAUGAACUGCUCCAUCAAGCUGCAGCUGAACCUGUACAUAAAACACGUGUCUGGUAUCAUUCAAACAGGGCAGAUUAAGCCAGUGGUCCUGCCGCUGCUGUGGUUUGCAGAGAGUGGAUCCAUUGAAGGCUCAGUGCUGAAGCAGUUUUACACCAACCUGGUGCUGCUGCCCUCGGUGCUGGAGUACCUGCAGUACAUCCUCCUUGGCCUCAGUGUCCCUCUCCUUGUCUCAGCAGCUCUCCUCAUGGCAAGGAGGAAGGAAAAUUGCUCUUUAUUUUGGAGUAGCAAUAAAAAGAGCUCAGACAGUAAUAAGGCAAACCAGGCCACCUCUGCCACAAAGCUGCCUCCAGUUAAGGGGACGGUGUUGCAGGAAGCCAGACUGUAGGUGGGUACCCAGUCAAGGUAACAUGCUUUUCCCUCCUCCUGAUUUGAUUAAACUUCAAACCAAUCAAAUGAAACCUUUUGCUGUCCACAGCUCCCAGCCAUGCCCUCCUGGCGAGCUUUGAUGGAGCAAUGCUGUCUCAUAGCCUUAUUUGGGGCAAUUUAGAUGUCUUAAUACUGGUGUUUAACCAGGUUGCAAGCACAUGCUCUUAUUGUUUCUCCUGGUGUACCUGAUCUGCAGCCCUAAAAUGUCAGCAGGGAUCAGGGGAACGGUAGGAUUGGUGUGAGGAAAUACUUUUCCUGCCUGUUUUCCCCCAUCUCUGAGUGUUUGAGCUCCAGAGGUAAGUUUAUUUGAAUGGGGUAACAGAGAUCAGUCCACUGGUGGUGUCACCCCUCCCCUGACCAGAGGAGGGAAUUUCUGAUGUAUAAAAUAUCUGGGUUUGUAUUACAGGAACACAAAGUCACUGAGUCGUUGAGGUUGAAGGGGCCUCUGGAGGUCAUCCCCAAUCCCUGUGCUCAGGCAGAGUCACCUAGCUCAGCACCAUCUCCAGAUGUCUCUUAAGGUCUUCAGGAGUGGAGAUUCCCCAGGGCAGCUGUUCCCGUUUUUACACUUUUCACAGGAAAAACAAAAAGAAAAAAAAAGUAUUUCUUAAUGUGCAGAUGGAAUCCCCUUUAGGUGUCCCUUUGCUCUUGUCCUGGACACCACCAAGAAGAGCCUGGCUCUGUACUCACACCCUCCCUUCAGAACCUUGUUUCCAGUGCUGAGAUCCCCCUGAGCCUUCUCUUCUGGAGGCUGGACAGGCCCAGUUCUCUCAGCCUCUGCUCACAUCAGAGUCUCCAGUCCCAAAAUCACUCCAGUGCUCCUUUGCUGGGCUCUUCCCAGCAGCUCCAUCUCUCUCUUGUGCUGGGAAGCCCAGAGCUGCACACAGUGCUCCAUGUGUGGCCCCUCCAGUGAUGAGCAGAGGGCAAGGACCACUCCAGGAGCUGCUGGCAACACUCCCAGAGCAGCCCAGGACUCAGCUGGCUGCCUUUGCCACCCAGCUCACCCUCAGCUCGCUGUCCCCAAGGCCCUCAGGUCCUUUUCUGCCAGGCUGCUGCAGAGCUGGUGACCUUUAGGGUGUGGGGCUGUUCAUCCCAAGUGAAAUUCUUGUACAUCCUCUUGUUGGACUUGAUGAGGCUCCUUCCAGGCCCUUUCUCAGCCUGCUGAGGGCCCUCUGGUGUACCAGCCACUCCCCCAGCUUUUGCAGAUCAUUAAUAAAGAUGUUCAACAGGCCUGGACCCAGAUUGACCCCUGGUGUACACUGAUGGUUGCUGGCCUCCAACUCAGCUCUGGGCCUGGAUGUUUGGCCAGUUCUCAGUCCCCCUCACUGCCUGCUCAAACAAUCCCAGCUUCAUCAGCUUCCCUGGAAGGUUUUGAUGGCAGAUGGUGCCCAAAGCCUGGAGUGCAGGUAGACAACACCCCUGUUCUCCCCUGGUCUGCCAAGCCACUCAUUCCAUCACAGGUGAUCAAGCACAGCUGCCCCUUGGUGAAGCCCAGGGCCUGCACUUGAUGGUUUAAUUGUCCUUCAUGUGCUGGGAGUGGUUCCUGGAAUUAUCUGCUGCAUCACUUUCUGGAGGAUGAAGGGAGGCUGGCUGCUCUGUAGCUCCUGAGAUCUUUCUUGAUCCUUUUCAAGAUCUGCUUUCAUUCAGUCUUUGAGCCAGGACUGGUCAAAGACAGCAGGGAAUGGCCUUGCUGUGACAUGAGCCCACUCAUCCCAUCUUGGUCUGUGGAUUUGUGCAUGUCUUGGUUCCUUCAUGUUCUCUGACCUCAUCCUCUUCCACCAAGGGUGCAAAUUCCUUGCUCUGGACUUGCCCCUGGUUUCUGGGGUCCCCUGCCUCAUUCAGGCCCUCGUGGUUCCUCCUCUUUCCUUGGUCACCUGGGUACUCAGAGAAGCCUUUCUUGUCUGACAUCCUUGGCUGGAUUCAGUUCCAGUUGGGUUUUGGCUUUCCUCUCUUCAUCCCUGCAUGCUGGGAGAGUUUCCCUGUGUUCCUGUCAGGUUACCUGUCCCUGCUCCCACCUUCCACGUGCCUCCUUUCUGCAUUUGUGUCUGGAGCUCCUGGUUCAUCCAUGUUGCCCUGCUGCCUCGGGAUGCUUGUUAGGGUGGAGUGUUCUUCAACUUGGAGGAGGUGACUCUUGAAUAUUAACCAUCCUUUUUGCCCUGACUGCAUUCCCUUACCAGAGGUCUGUAGACACUUUUAGACUCAAUAAGGUUAAAAAUUCCUCCAAGAUCCUCAAAUCCAAGCUUCAGCCCAAAGAGUCUCCAGGUGUUGCUGGUGGAAUCACUGGUGAAGCAGCAAUGGUCAGAGGGUUAGAGGAGCCUCACAGUCCCUCCACAAAACCCCAAUCCAUGUCCCCAGCCAGCAGAAGGCUCUGGGUGAGGGCCAGGUUGGUGUCCCUGUCCCCAGCAGCAGGAAGUGACCCAGUCCUGUCACCUGCUGCUUCCUCCUGAGGUUCUUGCAUUAAUUAGGGUCAGGGCCCACGUGGUCUGUUGGAGGGUGUAUCUGGCUCCUGCUCAGCCCUGAGGGUGGUGAACCUGUUCUGUAGCUGUGUUUGGGUGAGGAGGAGCCAUCCUGGUGCCAGAAGGCACCACCUUCCCCCUUCCCCAGAGGCUGCACCUGCAUUAUCCUGGGGAGGAGGCUGCCUGUGUGUGCUGCAGCUCCUGCCUGGGCUCUCCAGGCUCUUGUGUCCCUCAGCAGAGUGUCCCUGUCCCUCCCAUCUGGAUGACUGUCCCACAGCUCCUCCACACAGCUCUUCAGGCUGGGUGCUUGGGUGGUGUUGCAGGUGGGCAGGAAUGGAAAUAAUCUGGUUUGGGUAAGGUGAGAGGUACAGAAAGGAGGUACAAAAAUGUUCCAUUGAAGAAAUGGGUCCUUGGCCACUGCAGGAGGCUUGGGGUGUGCAUGGCCUGGGUGGGGACGUGUGGCACCGCUGUGUGUGGCC